AUGCUUUCAUCUGCCACCUUUACAUUUUGCUGGCCCUGUGGCGACAGCUUUGAGCUGACACCGACUAUCUCACAGUGCGAUGGGUUGAAGCAAUGUACGACUUGCGUUAAGAGGAACUUGAUUUGUUACUACCCCAACAACGACAAUAGUGCCAAUGAGAUAGGAGGAUCUCCUGCAAAGAGACGUGCCAUAGACACGUCGUCGGCGUCCCCUCAGGAACAGACACAAUCAAACCCGGCUCCCUCAAAACCAAAAGAAGCACCGAAGCUUCCCGAGGAAGAGAAGUCAAGUGAUCCAGAGGACUCCUUGCGUUCAUCCUCAACAAAGGUCGAGUCGGGUAUCCGAUCUUCAUCUCAACAGCAGGUUUCACGUCACAAACGAGAGGUCUCUGAUCAGAGACUGGAGUCGUCCUCGCGAAAUAGUACGAUCAGUGGCCCUGACGAGGAGGCCUGCCUUUUUGCAAUUACCCGUCUACUUCAUGAUUCCACGGGGCGUCUGCUCUAUGUGGGCGAUUCUGCAAAUCUGUCUUGCCUCCAUCUCUUCCGGCUAUGCAUUGAAAACACGAGCGGUGCAUCGCCAUUCACAACGGACCCUCGACAGCGAAACAUCGUUGAGAAUGUUGUCUCCUUACCGUCGGAUAUCAAACCGCCAGCACCAUUGCCUCCUCGCCACACUGCAGAGAUCCUUGUGAACUCUUUCUUCACUAAUACGGCCGGACUUCUCGAUAUCUUUGACGAAAAUGCUCUCAAGGGCGCGGUCGAUGCUUGCUAUUUGGAUCCUCUGUCGGCAGAGCGAUCGUUGAUAAGCCUUUUGAACCUGGUUUUCGCUAUAGGCCUCGUUCUCGCGACACCAGCAAGUGGUACACAUGAAAGCGUUAUUAUCGCGGAACUUCGCUGCAAGCGCUUUGAUAUGGCAGAGUUGUUUUUCCAGAGUGGACGAGAUAUUGGUGAUCUGUCUUCAACUCUGUUAGACGCUGACUUCCGGGCGAUCCAAGGACUGGUGCUGAUCACGGUCUACAUGCUUGCCACGUCCAAGAGGAACGCGGCAUAUGCCUAUCACGGCAUUGCGGUGCGCCAGUCGUUCGCACUAGGUCUUCAUCGCAUAGAGGCACGAGGGCUGUAUAUUACAAAACCCCAGUACGCUUCUCUUUGCAGUCUCUGGCGGAGCAUAUUCAUUCUCGACCAAUUUCUCGCUGCCUCUCUGGGCCGCCCACCUGCCAUAUCACUCGAUCACUGCCCUGAGGGCGCUCUAAAGGACCCGGCAGGCGACAGCCUUGAAGAUACAGAUCUUCACAAGAUAGGCAUCAAUGCUUCUGUCAACAGCUGUCUCAUCAUCAGUACUGUUCUGAGGAAAUUCUACUCCACUCGCAAGGUGUCAGCCAAGACAGCUCAAGAAAUUGCCAAGACAUGCAUCCAGUGGUCGAAAGAGCUGCACCAUGGGCUGCAUUGGCGACAAGCGUCACAGAAACGGAUCCCCCCUGCUCGAGGCAUGACGAUUCUACACGUGAAUCUGUUCUACUGCCAUUCAGUCAUUCUUGUCACCCGGCCCUUCUUCCUGCUCCUUUUCAUCAAGCAGCAGGCGACGAGAGGCACUUGUCAACCUCCCAAGAGUGUUCGAUUUGAGCAACUUGCGGAGACAUGCAUAUCGGCUUCGUAUCACACAGUACUGAUGGUGCAGAUAGCAUAUGAAGCUGGCUACCUGCCGCAACGGAACCCUUUUGUUCUGUACUUCCUAUUCGCGGCCUCCUUGGUCAUCCUCGGCAAUGAAAUCUCUUCACUGGUUCACAAGGUUGAAUACUCCGCUACGAUCUCGAAAGCAAUCGAGAUCAUGUCGAGUUGGGCGGAAGCCGACCCUCAGGCCGAGCGCUUGCGUUGGAUCCUGCUGGCUUUCCGGGAUGUUGUAGCCAAGCAAGCUGCAAACCCCGAGCGAACGUUUCAGAUCAUGGGAAAGGCUCUAGAUGGCACAGUCGCCAGUGGUGACCCCAUCAUGACCUUCUUCGCAAACUGUGGGAUUGCACGGAGCCAUAGCAUGGCAUUACUCAAGCCCCCAGCAGAGUUCAACGGCGUGCGUCAUCACUCGCUCGACUCCCUCACGGCUCACAUGCAUGAAGCUUCUGAGCCUGGCCCCCUGAGCGCCCCUCCGAGCAUCGUAGGCGGGGUGGUCCCAGCCACCGGUAUGGCAGGGCACUACGUGACUCCCACUGCAGAGCCUGAUGCAAACGAGACAUUGAGCACGGAAGGAUCAUUCGAUAUACAAAACCUCUGGGACUGGGCCGAUCCCAGCAGUGCCCAGAAUAUGGUCCACUGCAGCUCCGUAGGAAUGGACAUGCCAAUCCCAGGCACAGAUGCGGACGAUGACAGACUGGACGGCUACCAUGGCUACGGUGGCUUCCUAGGGACACACCUGGCUGGGAUUAACGGGUUCUACGACGGCAUGCACCCAAUUGCACCGCUGUACCAUACGGCCGACAUGGAUUGA